CGGCAACGCGGCGGGGCGGGGCCCGGCUCCGCCAUGUCGGCGGGCCACAGGCCGGCGGCGGCGGCGGCGACGACCAUCCAGCGCGGCUGGCGACGCUACGUGCAGAUGCGGCUCUUCAGGCUGCUGGCGCGGGCGGUGCGCGCCGCGGAACAUUGCAUUACGCAUGAAAUUCUGCGAAGGGUGAGCCCAACAGAAGCUGAGCUGAUAAAAGAUCCUAGCAUGAACUGUAAAGUCAGAUUCAGAUUUGCUGGCCAAGAGUUUCCACCUUUCAUUGUGUUUAAGAUUUUUCGCCACACUCAAGGCAAAGGCAGCAAAUACAUUAGCGGAAAACGAAUAAUAAGUCCAUCAAAUGAGGCAGCAGCUGAUGCUUGCAAGUUAAUGGGAUAUCGGAAAUAUUAUGAACAAAUAGUACAAGAUGAGCUUCAGUACCAAAAGCAAAGGAUAACAGAUGAAACAGAUGUUGCUACAAUGAAAGACUACAUGCAUUAUACCAGUAAUCUGGAUGAAACCCCUGCAUACUUUGGUGGCAGGAAUAAUUGCUGGAGAAGGUUGUCUCUGAAAAAUUUCCCUAGGACAAUGAUAGUGUAUGACAUAAUGGAUUAUGCACAGUCCAGAACAUUGUCAGACAGACUUAAAAAGGAGCUGAAGUUUCUGCUGCUGAGGCCACAGAAUAAAGAGCUUUGGCAUAAUCAACUCAUGACUGUUUCUAAUAUUAGGUCUUCAUUUCCAUGUAAUUCAUCAGUCACCUCUUCGUUUUGCUCUUACCAACCCACUACAGUGUCCAUGCAAUCAACACGUUGCUCUUCUCAAGCUCGACAGAAGACAGCAAAAAUGAAGAGGGCCUAUUUGUGUGAGAAACAAAGAGAGGCACAGAAACUGGAUAUUAAAAGCAGGAAUGACUUCGCUGAACAUCAAGAAGCUACAGUUUCACAAGCUGAAAAGCCUGAGGAUCAAUCUGUUGCAGAUGAAGAAUGGGAACAUGAAGCAGCUAAAUUGUAUACUUGGUCCCAGGCAUUAUCUCUUGAGGAUGUUGGAUAAUUUUCAUCCAUAGCUAAUGUAUAAAUCUUCACAAGUUAUGGCCCUGGAAAAUGACUAAACUUUUUAGUCAUUUGAAUGUUUUUGGUCCUGCUUUGAACAGACUGCAAAUAUAAAAGCAUGGCUUCCUACACGUAUUUAACCAACAAGUUUAGCAAAAUAUAUAGUCAUUGUAAUUGUUUUUCACUGUGGAAAACUAAAAUAAAAACAGCUCUGCACUGCAAAGCUAGGACAAAACUAAAACUGAGCAUGUUUGAUAAUCUGUUAAGGUUCAGAACUUCUGUGAUGUAGGGCUAGUUUAUUAUUUGGGCAUUAGAAAGCUUGUACUAUUUCUUUGGUUACAGUGUUUAGUUUGUUUAACUUAGAGCUCAGCCUUACUCCCCUUGCUUUCAGAGCAUGGUACUGAGCCAAAAUCCAGCUCUUUCAGAAGUCAGCUAAAAAUUUCCACUAAGGUUGUUGAUAAUUUGAUCAGCUCCGAAUAUUAAGAUGGUUUUUUUUUUUUUUUUUUAAAUUAAAAGCUGUAGUUCAGUUAAUUAUCAGCACCUGAUUUUUCUAAUGGCGUAUUUCUUUUCAGUGUUCUGGAUAAUCUGUCAGAAGAAACAGUGAAGGAAAAAACAUUACUUGAUAGUAAGAAACACUUCCAGAUUGAAAUAAAUGAACUCUAAGAAUCACGAAAAA